AUGAUGAACGCCAACCUUGGGCACCAGACAUCGGCCUAUCUCACUCCCGCCUACACCUCUGAUGGAAACUCCAUUGCUGAGCGCAAGGUGCGCCGCCCCCCAGCACCGCUCACGCUCGUCCAGUCCAACUACACCGACAUCGACGAAGUGGCCGACAGCUUGGCUACCCAAGCCAGCAUUGUCAGCUCAAGCUCGCUCCAGGCUUCACAGGUCACACAGACCGAGAAUAAUACUACCAGCACAAGGCUGUCUCGGAGGACCCGCGCUGGCGCUCCUCCGCCUUCCCCUCCCCCCUCCCCAACACGUGCAUCCCAGCCCGCAUCCAACACCACAUCCCAGCCCCGAUCGCAGUCCACCUCGGACACAUCCCACACCACGUCCCAGACUGCGCCCAUCACAAACCCGUCCAAGUCCAACUCGCGCAAGCGCCGCGCCGACGAGGAGCUCGUUAACGAGCGAGUCGAGAUCGGCGAGCGUCGACCUCCUCGACCGCUCCCCUCCUGGAGCCGUAGCCGUCCUCGUGCACCAGUAAUCGAAGAAGGCGAAAUCAAGGAGGGCCGCCGUCCCAAGCCCCGCACGAAGAGAGGGUCACCCCGCACCAACCAUGUUCGCUUCGAUCUUUCCCGUAUCGACCCGAGCAACAGUGCGAGCCUCGCUCCUCCCGACGACGGCCCCGUGAAAGAUAAAGGCAAGGGCCUCGCCUCCGACUAUGCAGCUGCCCCUCGCAUCGGCUACAAGUCAGCGCGAGCUCAGCUGCAAGUUGCUCCGUUCACCACCUCGGCAACGGUCGCUUCCUUGGACCAGGUCCAGGGCGAGAGCGUGCCAGCCAGCGAGCCGUCGACACUCACCACUUUCACAAGCGGUAUCACCUCGGCACUCCCUGUGCCUACGACGUUUGGGCAGCCGGCUCCUGAUUCGGCAUUUACCCAGCCCGGAGGCGCAGGGACGCUUUCAAGCACUUUUGGAUCCUCCAGCGGCUUCGGGAACUGGGCCUCGACCACAAGUGCCAAGCCGUCUGGUUUUGGCACCCCUGCUCUAAGCGGUGGCCAGACUGCCUCAGGUUUUGCUGAAUUUGGUCAGAAGACUGCAUUUGGUGGCUUUGUCGCUGCCACUCAGGUCACCAGCGCCUUUGGACCGCAGAGUGUCUUCGGGCAAGCCAAGUCAACCGGUUUUGCCACCAACACUUCGGGCAGCGGUUGGCUCCCCAGCCCUGCGACGACGCCAACUCGGUCUACCUUGGGCAUGGGUUCCAGUUCCAGUGGCGAGGGGUUGGGCGCGAACACCCACAGUUCCGACAACUCUCCUAUGAAAGGUGUCGAGGGGGUGGAUUCCAUCCCAAUGAAGGCGUUCGAGAGCCACAGUGUUUUUGGGAACUCCAGAUCGAGCAGUUUCGGCGGCCAGAGUGCCUCGGCCUCUGCCUUUCUCCACGGCGGUACGGCGGGGACCCCCGGGAAAACAUUUGGGCACGGUUCCGGCUCAAGCAACGGUUUCGGCCAGAGCAGCUCUGGACAUGGUAACGGUUUCGGCCAGGGCGGCUCAAAUGGUAAUGGCUCCGACCACCCUGGCAGCGUCUCUUCCUCAAACACCCCCUACAAGGUCGCCCUCAACGGCAUGGGUCGUUGCCCGCACUAUCCCAUCCCCAUCUUCGACGCGUUCAACGGCCCCGUUCCUGCCGCCGCGAUGAUCGCGCUCCAGAGAUGGCUGCACCGCAUUACGGACGGGUCGAACGGCCACAACAACGCCGCACCGAUCGAGGAGCUCGCCCAGAUCCCGCUGGUUAUGCGGUCACAUGGAUCUAGCGUGCGCCAGGUGCUAACGGGGAUCCUGAGGGGACCUAAGACGAAUAACCAAACCCUCAAGGUGCUCGAGGUUGUGAGUUGGCUCGAGCCGGCGGAUGCGCGUCCCCUCCGAAUGGCGAUUCGGGGUUGUCUGGCCACGAACAACGCAGCGGUUAAAGGGAUGGCGGUUAAGGUGCUUGGGGAUAUGGAGAGGAAGGGGUAUUGA